AAUACGUAAAUAAGUUCAAGCUUGUGCUGCUUACUCUCGAGGUUGUUUUCCUUUAGCUAUAAUUAUCUCUCGUCUCAGAAAUAUUAAUGACAGAUCUGCAAUUACAUACAAAAUCUUGGUAGAUAAAACGGAGUUAACAUUUUAUUCGACACAUAAGGAUAUGCUAUCUGACUUUGGAACGUAAAUACAAAGUCAAAACCGUGUGGACAACAAACCGACUCGUUGUCAACCAGCUAAACCGGAGUCAGCACCACAAAUCUCCACACCGUGUUCAUUCUCACUUUCUCUUCCAUUUCGUCUGUAGUCGGCCUUUACAUUCUGUCACCAAGUUCAGUCCGUGGUUUCGCCAGGAGAGGAUGAACUGGCUUUUCCCCCUGUCCAAAGGCUCCGGAUCUCUCCCUCUGAACAGCCUACAGCAACAAAGACAGCGGCAGAUCGAGUCGCUCAAAGCCGCUCAUCCCAGCCUCGCAGAGAUCCAGAAGGAUGUGGAGUACAGAAUACCAUUUACAGUCAACAACUCCACCAUUAGUGUUAACAUUCUGCUGCCUCCUCAGUUCCCCCAGGAGAAGCCGGUGGUUAGUGUCUACCCCCCUGUUGGUCAUCAUUUAGUCGACGGCAAUAAUGGCACCAUUAUCACUAGCCCUCUCAUUACUAACUUUGGGAUGCACUCCGAUCUGGGUAAGGUCAUUCAGAGUCUGCUGGACGAGUUCUGGAAAAGUCCUCCUGCCUUGAUGUCUACUGGCCCUGCUGGCUUUCCAUUUAUGUACAAGUCGUCAGGCAUGGCUCCUUACCCCACUCAGGCUUACCACUACGGCCCUCGCCACGUGGGCCCCGGUCACACGCCGCCUCCUGGGCCAGGCCCAGCUCCAGCUCUCAUGCCUCACCCAGGAGCCGAUGGUGCCCAUGGGCCCCCUCGAGCUCCACCCCCAUACGGAGUGAUUUCUGACCUGCCACUGCCUGUUCCUACUGGAGACUCACAGGCUGGACUGAACGGACACAUGUACAAGAUGCCUGAGAUUCCUGAGUCUUUUCCUGAACUCUGUGACUUGAAUCUGGCCCAGUUGUCCAACAUGUCUGAAAACGAGGAUUUGUUACUGGAGUUCUUUGUGAGUUUGCCACAACUGAAACAGGUCACCAGUGAUAAAGAAGAGCUGAUCACCAAUAUAGUCGAUGUGGCUAAGAAAAAUCUUCAGAUGGAGCCACAGCUGGAAGGAAAAAGACAAGAAAUGCUCUACAAGUAUGAACAGCUGACUCAGAUGAAGUCGGCCUUUGAGACAAGGAUGCAGAGACAGCAUGAGCUCAGUGAGAGUUGCAGUCUUAGUACUCUCCAGGCUCGGUUAAAAGUUGCAGCCCACCAGGCUGAGGAGGAGUCGGAGGAGACGGCUGAAAACUUCCUGGAGGGACGCACAGACAUAGACGAAUUCCUGACCAGCUUCAUGGAGAAGAGAACGCUUUGCCACAGCAGAAGGGCCAAAGAGGAAAAGUUGCAACAGUCCAUCAACACACAUGGACCGUUUCCUACCAGCCACUAGAACACAAGGUUUGGUGUUUUCUCAGCCAACUGCUGCCAACUUAAAGGAUAAAGACUUUUGAGGGGAUGAAAAGCACACUGAGUCAACAAUGGGCACUUUAGAGAAAUAGGAAGACGCUGAUUGCAAUGGUGGAAGAAGCCCACUGUGCCCAGAUCUGGGCUAAAAAAUACUGUUGAAGUUGGAUUGCGUGAGCGCUAGAUCGGUAAGCUAUUGAGUUACUACAAGAGGCCAAAACUGGAAGGAGUGACACAUGCUUAGCUUUUACAACUACGUUACUAAGGAAGGAUUGAUCACAUUUUGGAUCAUUUCUAUUGCAUAUGCUGUUUGUCCAGUUUUGACUUGACAGUGAUGACAAAGAGUUGUGUUUCUUUCCGAUAUUUAUGUCACGUUGAUCAAUCGGAGCAACACCUGCACCUGAUCAGAGUUAUUAGUGACACAUUUGAAAGAAAAUACAAAUUGUUUAGGACAGGACUCCCAAUCUUACAUUUUGUUUCAUGCGGUGAGCAAGUAAAUGUCACUAUAAAAGAAGUGUUAAAAAAUGCUAAUGUGUCUGUACUUCUCGUCUCAGAGAUCAUUGUCAAGUCCUUGCUUUAUUAUCCCUGAAAGGUCCUACCGGACAGACAGAAGACCAACCUUUACACUGCAAAGCUGCUGUUUACAUUGAAUUGGUUGUUCUAUAAUAUACAUACAUACAGUAUACGUGAAACUCAGCAGUGGCAGUGUCACUUCAACAAGUCAAGAUAAUCUAUCAAGGACAGGGCAGUGUUGUCAGGAGAGCUUAGAAUUUAAAUUGCAUAUGAAUUUUUCCCCAUUAAGUAAUGUCUUGAACACAGCCUCGAAAUCAGUGUGUUUGCACAAAUAUUAAUAAUUUGUUAACACCAUAACCGUCUUAUCUAUUGUACCUCAAAAUCAGAGUUAACGUAAUCCAAAUAACAAACCUGGUUACUGGUCAGUUUGUUUUUUAAAUUGCUGCAUUAGGUUUGUGGGAGGCUAAUAAAAUAUUUCCUAGAGGUUAACAUAAACUAUUUCAAACAUUGACCAGUUUAACAAACACGUUAUGUAAACCGAGGUUAUCGGGGAAAUCAGAAUACAGUAAACCAUAUAAACGGUUUAAUCACACUGUUACCUUCAUUCUGUGCUGUUGACAUCAAUCGAGUUAUUUGUGUACAUGUAAACAUACUGAUUAUGAUGAGCACUAUUAUGAUAACUCAACUAUUUUAUGACACCUUUUGAACUUUUUUGGUGAAGAGCCUCAGAAGAUUUGGGAUAAUGUUAUGUUAAAUGCUGCAGUAAAACUCAAUGACAUUGGAUACUGUAUUUAAAUAUUGUUAAUAAUAGGCUAUAUUGUAAUCAAAGACUCAGACACCUUGUAUUAUAUGUUCUUAUUUAAUUUGUUAGAGUAAUAAAGCAUUUAGAAUAAA